CACCAACCAGCGAGAGUUCGCUUGUGACUCAACGCCAGUCACUUUUCCUUUUGAUGUGUCUCUUCCUCUCAUACACUGGCUGUGACGGAAAUCAGACAGACUUGCUACCGCUGCCAUGCCGAUCCAACAGCCCGCCAACCAGAUCAAACUGACCAAUGUGUCGCUGGUGCGAUACAAGAAGGGCAAGAAACGCUUCGAGCUGGCGUGCUACAAGAACAAACUGCUCGAGUACCGAUCAGGAACCGAGACCGACCUCGACAACGUCCUGCAAGUGCCAACCAUCUUCCUCAACGCUUCAAAAGGCGAGACUGCCCCCAAUGCUGAACUCGUCAAGGCAUGGCCGAUGCCCUCACAAAAUGAAAAGCAAGAAUCGGGAGGGAAAGGCGGUGGAAGAGGGGGAAAGAAGGGCAAGGGAAAAUCUACAACGGAUGAGGGGGACGAUGAGAAGUCAUGGAAAGACGCCAUCAUUGAAGAAAUCCUGAAAAAGGGCGAGAUCCAAGUGAACGCCAACGAGCGCAAGGAACUACUGGAUAGGAUGGAGAGGGAGAUUGUGGAAGAAGUCGCCCAGAGACUCGUCGACCCACAGACAAAGAGAGUCUACACCACCGGCAUGAUCAAGAAAGGGCUGGACGUUCUCUCCAAACAGGGUGGUCAUGUUCCUUCGCAGGACUCCUUGGGUCAUAAACUCGGCAAGCUAAACUUGGGUGAAGGCAUCAAGAAGGGCGCUGCCGCCCCGAAGGGGUCGAGCGAGACGAGCGGGCAAGCGACGCCGAUGACCGACGACGACAAUGAGUCUGCGUCUGGAGGCAACUCAAAGGGCAAGAAAAGCGACAUGCCAACGUGGACUGGCGUCGUGACCAAUAAAUCCGUCAAGCAGCAGGCUCUUGAAGCGAUCCGUGCCUUGAUCACCUGGCAACCCAUUCCCGUCAUGCGUGCGCGUAUGAGAUUGCGGGUCACUUGUCCCACCAACAUCGCAAAGCAGGCCGCGAAAUCAAAGGCCGCCAGCACAAGCACAGAUGUCGGCGAAGACGCUGGGGCCGAGCAAGGCAAAGGCACUAUCAAGGAUCGCAUUCUUUCCUUCGUUGAGCAGGUAGAGAGCCAAGAGGUGCUGGGUGAGGAGUGGGAAGUCGUUGGAUUCGUGGAGCCCGGCGCGUUCAAAGCCCUAGGGGAGUUUAUUGCCGCGGAAAUGAAAGGGAGAGGGAGGCUAGAAGUGCUGGACAUGGCUGUUACACAUACGGAUGACUGAGAAGAAGGGCCACAGCGAAACCGCAGAAUGAGCGACUUGGUUCUCAACUUCAAUCCCGUGUGCACAAGACGGAUAGAGACGAAAACACCACGACUUUGGUCGAUGUGCCGUCCUGAAUCCUACUUCAAUGUGGACGUCGAUCAGCCUAACCGCUGACGCCAGAAAGAAAACGACAUCCCUCUGGAGGAUGAUGCUCUAAGCUGCGUCGCUGCGAGCAGGGUUUUGGAAAGGCUGCAGUACAUUUGUACCUGGUGCUUUGCCUGAGCUUCACGCAGACUCGACGUGGCCUCUCGCUGUCCACCAAGCCUCCAUCACCACUAGAUCCAGACAGCUUUGGCUACAACACCAUCACCCUCAGGAAACUCCUCGCGGACUGCUGGCCCGUUGCUUGCGGAUUAACCCAGUAGACACCAACGAGAUGCCGACUUACCGACCACUGCCCGUAUCACCGGUCUGGAAAGCCCGUGCGUCUUUGCCAGAAGCAGGGGGUGCGAUCCCCCCGAUUGUUCCCUUCGGAUCUUCACUGCAGGAGGGCGCACAGGCGUCAGGAUGGCCUUAUACGUCACAAGGCUACGCACCCAGGAUGCUGCGGGUCUCCGGGUGCCGCAUCUCACGGAUUCAGCAUGGAUGGAUGAAGAGAGGCGGUCCCGGUGUCCAGAUUGAGAGAGACAUUUAACUCGGAAUCCGUCACUCCAACACAUCUGGUGAACAGUUUUGCCGACCUGGAGAGGGACUUUCACGGAGGACUUACUAGGAAAGGUCACGAGAUUGGUGGCAUGAGAAAGAGAUCGACCUGUGGCAUUUGGAGUGCCGGCAUUUAUCCAACAUUUAUCCACACGGCCAGCCAUUCAUCGAACAAAUCUGACCGGCUCACGUGCCACUAGUAGUCGGGGGUCAUCUCGAGUCACCAUUGAAUAGUAAAUGAUCACAAAGAGAAAGGAGUGCUGAAGUGAACAAUAAAGUGGCCACUGAUUCGGAUGUGAGGCCCAAUGGUGUGAUUCAGGGCGGGAGCCACUGCUACUGUUACCCAAGAUGACUUCCAGAGAUUCCCUGCACUGCAACUGAAGGGUGCAUCCAGACUUUCCGCCCGAUCCGAUCGCUCUCUUUCAUAGCCAGCCAGCCAGCCUUGGGGACGAUCAGAGGAUCACACCUCCAGCCCCAGAAUGUCCAUGCCUGACCCAG